UAUAUGUACGUGAUUAAGUAUGAAUGAAAUCAAGCUUUUCAGCUCAGCAAUUUUCAGCCUCCUUCCCCCAAGAAUACAUCCGCCGCCUCCUGCUCUUUCCACCCACAUCCCCGCCAUGGAAGGCCCAGCCAAGAGCCAGCUCGAGCCGUGGCGCCAGCUCCCCGACAAGGUCGUGAUGGUCACCGGCGCCUCCUCCGGCCUGGGCCAUGACUUCUGCCUCGACCUUGCCCGGGCCGGCUGCCGGGUCUUGGCCGCCGCUCGCCGGGUCGACCGGCUCAGGUCCCUCUGCGAUGAGAUCAACGCCCUCCCUUCCUCCGACUCUGGGACUGAGCCGGGUGGCCAUCGGGCGGUGGCGUUGGAGCUGGACAUCUCGGCCGACGGUCCCACCAUCGAGAGGUCCGUGCAGAGGGCCUGGGACGCUUUCGGCCGCAUCGAUGCUCUCGUCAACAACGCCGGCAUCCGAGGAAAUGUGAAGUCCCCGCUGGAUCUGUCUGAGGAGGAAUGGGAUCAGACUGUCAACACGAAUGCAAAAGGAUCGUGGUUGGUCACUAAGUAUGUCUGCAUACGCAUGCGAGGCUCCGGUCGAGGAGGUUCGGUGAUAUUCAUCUCUUCCAUUGCCGGCCUUAAUCGAGGCCAACUUCCAGGAGCUCUCGCAUAUACUUGCUCCAAAGCAGCGGUCAACGCAAUGACAAGGGUUAUGGCCGUGGAACUGGGGCCCUACAAGAUCAGAGUGAACUCAAUCUCACCGGGGCUUUUCAAGUCCGAGAUCACGGAAGGUCUGAUGCAGAAAGACUGGCUCAAUAAUGUGGCAUUGAAGACUGUUCCUCUGCAGGACCAUGGCACCGUCGACCCAGCACUGACAUCCCUUGUUCGAUACUUGAUCCAUGAUUCCUCGGAGUAUGUCUCAGGCAACAUAUUCAUUGUAGAUGCCGGGGCCACCCUGCCGGGGGUCCCAAUCUUCUCCUCUCUCUGAACUGGUCUAUUGAUUUCUCUCCGUCCACAUGAAUGAAUAAAUAUUCUAUGCUGCAAUCUCAAAUGUGGCCUGCCUUUCGUCA